AUGCUAGGAAGGCACACGGUUGUUAGAGGCUUCUGUCAAGCCCAGAAAAGAGCCUUUUCGUUGUCCAGACGGGCUCUGAUUGACGUGAACUCGCAUCAUUCGGUUUCAGACACUAUCAACCAUCUCCAAACACAAGGAGAAUCCGACCCGGACUUGAAAAACGGACAUUCGUAUCUGGACAUUAUUAACCACCAUGCCUCUCGGCUGGAAAAGCAAGGUCCCGAGUCCGCUGAAGAGGCCAACAAGGAGUAUAAUGAUUUGUACACCCUCUCUCUCCAGCUGUCGAAGUUGCUCGAGUCUACUCCUGAUGUGUCCGAAGAACUCAAGAAGAACAUUCUCAACAGUCUCAUUGAAAAGUUUACCAAGUACAAUUACGCUGUGUCAACUUUGGCAUUCAAGAAGUUGCUCAACGACAAGCAAAACUUAUCCCAGGGUUCGGUCAGCGAGUUGAUUUGUCACAAUCCCGGUAGAGUGAACUCGAGCUGGGAUGUGUACGAAUCUCUCAAGCCAGAGGAGCCUCACGACAAGAUAUUGGUUGCCAUACUGAAGAAGUUGCUUUACGGCGAUAAGGUGGAAAUCAAAGAGGGUUUGGCGGAUGUGGAUGUCGAAAAAGUGAUUAAAAUCUUCCAAGUCUAUGAGAGAAUCGGUAACAAAGAUCUGAUUGAUGAACAGUCGCUUCUCAAACUGGUCACGGAUUUGAUGAAGCUGGACUGUAGUGCUCUGAUCACCCAAAUGGUGAUUCCCUCCUCUAUCUUCGAAAAAAUCAUCAACGAUCCAGAGAACUUUGAUCUGAAAAAUGUGGACUACCUACACUUCUACGAAGCCUCAAUCAGCAAUGGUGUUUCACUUUCAGGCAAUGCAUUACUCAAAUCUCUUAUGCCAAUUUCGAAGUUACAGACCUCCACCGUACUUGAGUCCGAGAAUCUGAAAAAGGUGAAAGAAAAGUUGGGCGUCAGCAUACUUCAACUAGCACCAUUGCCAGACGUAGUUGACGAAAUCAGAGAACAAAUCCAAGAGCUAGGUCUGGAUGACGAAGCUCCAGUGAUGAUAGACUUGAUGAAGUCAGCGGGGUUCUACUCCAACGACUUACCCACCGCAAUCAAGUACUUCCAGCAUUAUCAAUCAAAGGUUCCAGACGGAACGGUACAGCAGAACGAUCUAAAAACUACUAUGUCCUUGGUAUUUGUGUACAGUUGCGUCAGUAGCAAUGACCCCAAAAAUGUCAAUGUUGCCGAAGCGUUGGUUCCACAGUCUCCACUACCUGCAGCAAACAACUUAGCAUCGUUAGUCCUUUUCCACGGAUGGUUUGGCGAUUCAGACAAGGCCUUUGAUAUCUACAACCAGUCAUUGGAUCUCUAUCUGAAGCCACUGGAGGAAUUUGUUAGCGAGAGAGGCAUGCUUGUCCAAGCUUUAGCAACUGUUUCUCUGCUUGGCAAAGAGAUAGGAUUGGCCAAACUCAUCAAGGAUAAGAGUUUGGAAAAUAAACUCAUUGACGAAACUUGUGAAAUCAAAAUCUCAAAUCUUUUCAAGGAGUAUGGUGACAAAUUAGAAGAAUGCAAAGAUAGUGAUGGUGCUUUUAGAGAGUCGAUGAAGAAGAUCUUCUUGAGGACGAUAAUUGACUUCUCCCCUUAA